AAUGAUCGUGCGGUAAGGACCAAUGUUCGCACUCUUGCACCAACCUAAAUCAAAUACAGCAGCCUGAUAAGAUUUAACUCGCUUGAUUUCUGUUGAUGAAAGAUGGAAAAAAUGCUCUUGCGACUUCAGUCAAUCUUCCUUCUCUUGUUUCUCCUGCAAGCAUGGAAGCCAACUUCGGCACAGACAACUGCCCCUGAGCAACCAGACUCCAGAGGAAUACUGGAGAGGCUCGCAGACAGAGCUGGGCAAGCCAAAGCUAAAAUCCAGUCCAUUGGAGAGACCGUGUUUGGCUUCACUAGAGCUUAUUAUGAAGACCACAUCCAACCGGUGGCUGGAGGCUACGUUGAGUGGGCCUCUGAAAUAAGGAGUUCGCUGUGGGAGAAGUUUCAGAAAGCCUCUGACAACUACAUGCCACCUACUCAUCAAGCACCUGAAAAUUAGAACAGAGAAAGAUAACUGCUUUAUUAUCAGUUUUUACUUUCACUACUUUACUUACAAAUUCCUGCUGUUCUCCCAACGUUUGAUGACUGUAAGGAAUUAUGGCAUAAUCAAAUAAAACUUAAUUAAAGCAA